AUGGCACCAGGCAGAACAAACACCACUACCGGGACAGCACAGGCACACAUCCAAGAACGCCUUCCCCCGAAAUCUCAAACAAACACCCACCAACGCUUCCGCGAAUUCGACCUCCAAGGCAAAGUCUUCGUCGUAACCGGCGGUGGCCGUGGGCUCGGCCUCGCCAUGGCCGAGGCGCUCGUCGAAGCAGGAGCUCAAGUACACUGCGUCGACCGUCUCGCGACACCCGACGACGAAUUUUACAAAGCUCAGAAACGCGCAAAUCCUGCUUUUGAAGGCUCAUUGCAUUACCGACGUAUCGACGUGAGGGACAAGGAGAAUGUGGCCAAGACGUUUGCUGAGAUCGCAGAGUUAAACAACAGAUUUGAUGGCAUAUUGGCUGCUGCUGGGGUGAACCAUGUCGACAAGGCCAUGUCGCAUACACCGGAGGAAGUCAAUGAAGUGAUGAGCAUCAACUACACCGGUGUGUUUAUCUGUGCGACCGAAGCCGCCAAGCAGAUGAUGAAAUACAAAUGCCGAGGCACGAUUUUGCUUGUGGCCAGUAUGAGCGGAAUGAUUGCGAACAAGGGCAUGUUUUCGCCAGUCUACAACUCUUCCAAAGCGGCUGUCAUUCAACUCACGCGCAGUCUUGCGAUGGAAUGGGGUAAAGUCAACGAAAACGGCGAAGGUGGCAUCCGCGUCAACUGUCUCUGCCCAGGACACAUCAUUACGCCCAUGGUCCAGCAAGUCUUCGACAAAGAGCCCGAGUCAAAGGAGUUAUGGCAAGCGGAGAAUAUGAUGGGUCGUCUGGCGCAGCCGGAAGAGUUUCGCGGUGCCGCUCUGUUUUUAUUGAGUGAUGCGAGCAGUUUCAUGACGGGGGCGUCGCUCGUGAUUGAUGGAGGACAUACAGCGUGGUAA